AUGGCCGGUGAAUUUAGUGCAAAUAUUUGUAGAAGUAGAAAUAGAAAUAAUAAGCCAGAACCACCGGAUCGGAACAUAUCACCGAAUUUUAUAACUGAUGAAACUGAGUUUGUUGGCAGUGGAGACAUAAGAGCUUCAACACCAAUUAACAGAAGUAGAAGAAGUCGUAGCAAGAGCGCUGGGAGGGGUACACCAAUACCUUUGAGUUUGUCUGACGAACAUUUUUAUGAGGAUUUAGAGGCAUAUGUACGAGAGAUGUCGACUGUGAGACAGACGACAACAAUGGACGCAGCACAAGAACAGGACAUAUGGUCGCAACUGCAGCAGAAGGAGUCGGAUUUACUCCUGGCAGCAGAGCUGGGAAAAGCUCUUCUGGAUAAAAAUCAGGAGCUGAAGAAGGAACAGGAGCGCGUUACGGAAGAGUUCUCCAAAAAACUUGAGGUGAGUUAA